AUGUCCUCCCUGAGCCAGCGCCUGAAGGAACUCCAAGUGCCAGGCGAAACCGCCAAGUUCGAUUUCAGUCACCUGAGCCUCUCACAGUUAGAGGAGACCAAGGUGGAUUUCGGACAGGCCCAUGUGGGUCGCACUUACCGCGAGAUGUGGUUGAACCAUCAGGAGUGGCUUCUCUGGUUUGCCGGGAGGUACGAGAAAUCAGGGAAGGAGAGUCAUCAGAAGAUCCUCCACUAUGUUCAACUGAUGGUGGAACGGGCCGAUGUGUCAGGCACUCGCAUCCCUGUCCACAAAGGGGUGCCAUCGAGUGUGAAGAUCGAGAAGCUGAAAGCCAAGGCGUGGCCCCAGAAACUGGCCCAACCACCGAACGAAACGAUCUCAGUGUGGGAUGCCACAGAGAUGGAGGAGUUCGAGAUGUACGGCGACGAGAUCGAAGCUGGCAUGAGUGUAGUAGCAGCCACCGAGGGUCCCAGUCCAAAUGUGGCUCAAUUGGAAGCCCGAAUGCUGUCCAUGGAGAAUGCCCUGUCUCAGAUUCUCCUUGCACUGGAAAACAUCCAGCCGGCAACCGAGCCCCAGUAG